AUGGCUGCGAGAAUAGAGCGGUGUUCGACAACACUUUCGGCAUGGGCAACUACAACAUUUGGCUCGAUAAAACAAAAAAUAAAAAAGGCAGAGAAAGAGCUGAAGAGGCUACAGGACAUGUAUCCAGAUGGGCGUACUAUGGAGCAAUGUGGAGAGUUGAGUGCGCAGCUUGAUGAGUUACACAAAAUGGAGGAGUCGUACUGGUAUGCACGUGCAAGAGAAAAUGAGUUACGUGAAGGGGACAAGAAUACGAAAUAUUUUCACCAUAAAGCAAGCCAAAGGAAGAAAAGAAACUAUAUCAAAGGCUUGAAUGAUAAUAAUGGGGUUUGGCAAACAGGAAAAGAAGAUGUGCAGCAUAUUGUGGAGGAUUACUUUGAGAAGUUGUUUGCUACUGACUUGCCGGACAACUUUGAAGAGGCAUUGGCAGGUAUGUCCCGUAUUGUCACGAACGAGAUGAAUGAGGUCAUGAAUGCCGAGCCAACUGAUGUGGAGGUUAAACAAGCACUUUUCCAAAUGCACCCCAACAAAGCGCCGGACCGGAUGUUUGUUAAAGGAUGGUGGAGAGGUAAUGUGGACAUUAAUAUGAUUAAUAGAACUUGUAUAGUACUCAUACCGAAGUUCAAUAAUACUACUAAUAUGAUGUCAAUCCAACAGAGUGCUUUUGUGCCGGGUAGAUUAAUCACAGAUAAUGCUCUUGUGGCUUUCGAGAUUUUCCAUACUAUGAAGAGGAAAGGAGAAGGGAGAGAUGGUACUAUUGCUCUUAAACUUGAUAUGAUGAAGGCAUAUGACCGAGUCGAAUGGUCUUUCUUGGAGCGAGUUAUGUUUAGAAUGGGAUUCAACAGUAAUUGGGUUCAAAGGGUGAUGGGAUGCCUAUCUAGCGUCUCAUUUUCCUUCAAAAUCAAUGGCCAUAUCUCUAGUUCUAUAUCUAAAGCAGCAAAUGAGAACUUAAUACAUGGUGCUAAAGUCUGUAAUAGGGCCCCAAGAAUUUCUCAUCUUUUCUUUGCAGAUGCUAGCAUUUUAUUUGCAAAAGCCAAUAUGCAGGAGUGCUCUAAGAUAGCUGAAAUUAUCAGUAUCUAUGAGAAAGCAUCCGGACAGAAAGUUAACCUUAGCAAAACCGAAGUGGCUUUUAGUAAAUGUGUCAAUGUUGCUCGAAGGGAGGAAAUUGUGGAGACUCUAGGUGUUCGGGAGGUGGUUAAACAUGAGAAGUAUUUAGGCUUGCCGACUAUUAUUGGGAGAUCAAAGAAGGCGGUAUUUGCAGGCUUAAAAGAACGUUUGUGGAAGAAACUAAAUGGCUGGAAAGAGAAACUUCUAUCUCGACCGGGGAAAGAAGUAGUUAUUAAGGCCGUGGAACAAGCAAUUCCCACCUAUAUGAUGAGUGUAUUUCGGAUACCGAAUGGAUUGGUUGAUGACCUCCAUGCUCUAGUUGCCCGAUUUUGGUGGGGAUCGACGGAUACAGCGAGGAAAAUGCAUUGGCACACAUGGGAGACGAUGUGUCUUCCUAAGUCGAUGGGUGGCUUGGGAUUUUGCGACUUUCGAUGUUUUAACCAAGCACUUCUUGCUAAACAAGCCUGGAGACUUCACACCGUUAGGGACUCUCUCUUAUAUGCGGUAUUGAAGGCGAGAUUUUUCAAAAAUGAUGAGUUUCUUGAGGCUAGAAGGGGGCAUGACCCGAGUUAUACAUGGAGAAGUAUUUGCGGGAAAAAUUCACUUCUACUCGAUGGCCUUAAGUGA